AUUUUUUUAUCAUCAGAAAAAUUGCGAGUCGUGGAUACGUGUUUCUUCUUGCAGGCCCAAUUUACUGCUCUGUAUUUCUCGCUUUAUUAUCAUUUAAAGUUUAUGUUUUGUAACGAAUAAUUGUUCAUAUGUCGAAGCACUAGAAUAGCAGCUCAAUCGUUAUUGGAUUCAACGUGAUAUUACCAUGACCCUGCUGGAUUCAUUACGGCGAUUUGACGCCUACCCAAAAAUUGAUAAGGAGUUCAGCAUCAGAACUGUUGGUGGAGCUACAUUAACGUUCAUCAGCGGAACUAUUAUCGUAGUAUUAAUAUAUUCCGAACUCAUCGCUUAUUUGACGCCUGUUGUUACCGAUGAACUGUUUGUAGACUCGACUCGAGGACAAAAACUGAAAAUCAAUCUAGAUUUCUACAUUCCAAGAAUCUCGUGUGAUUAUGUAUCCCUGGACGCACAGGAUGCAACUGGCGAACAGCACCUUCAUAUUGAACACACCAUCUAUAAGAGGAGGAUGGACUUGCAGGGCAAUCCGAUAGAGGAGGCCAAGAAGGAGGACAUAUCAGCGCCCAAACCGCGGCUCGAGAAGAAGGAAGAAAACGUUAAGAAAUGUGGGUCCUGCUAUGGGGCUGAAAAGAACAGUACGCACUGCUGUGAAACUUGUCAAGACGUUAUCGAUGCUUACCGAGAAAAGCAGUGGAACCCCAAUCUUGAUGACUUCGAGCAGUGCCAGAACGAAGUGUUGCUCGGGAAAAAGAGCUUGGAAUCCAAGGCAUUCAGUGAGGGAUGUCAAAUCUACGGUUCCAUGCAGGUGAACAGAGUUGGGGGUAGUUUUCACAUAGCGCCAGGAAAAAGUUUCUCCAUCAGUCACAUUCACGUGCACGACGUCCAACCGUUUUCGUCCAGUCGAUUCAACACGUCCCAUCGCAUCAACACGCUCUCUUUCGGGGAGGAAUUCGGCUAUGGACAGACUAGGCCGUUGGAUUUCACCGAGGAAACGGUCCAUGAAGGCGCAAUUAUGUUCCAGUACUACAUAAAAAUCGUACCGACCGAAUUCGUUCCGUUGAAUGGACCAACACUGCACACUAACCAGUUUUCCGUGACAAAGCACCAAAAGAGCGUAUCUGUGAUGAGUGGAGAAUCGGGCAUGCCGGGCAUUUUCGUCAAUUAUGAACUGUCUCCACUGAUGGUUAGAUUUACUGAAAAACGAAACUCGUUCAGUCAUUUUGCGACGAAUCUUUGUGCAAUUAUUGGAGGCAUUUUUACCGUUGCUGGUAUAAUCGAUUCGUUACUGUUCACGUCGAUACAUGCUUUGAAAAGAAAAAUCGAGUUGGGAAAAUUUAGCUAAUACCUGAAAAUGUGAUAACAAAUAGUAAAAAGAUCUGAUUCAAAUUGCUCCUCGACAGCAAAAAGGAAAA